AUGUCCGGCGGAGGGGAAGGGGAAGGGACGACGUUGGAGUUCACGCCGACGUGGGUGGUCGCCGCCGUGUGCACCGUAAUCGUCGCCAUCUCCCUAGCGGCCGAGCGCCUUCUUCACUACGCCGGAAAGACUUUGAAGAGGAAGAACCAAAAGCCGCUCUUUGAAGCUUUACAGAAAGUUAAAGAAGAACUGAUGCUCUUGGGGUUCAUAUCUCUUAUGUUGACUGUAUUCCAAGGCCGUAUAGUCAAGAUUUGUGUGCCUCGGGAUAUAAUGAUACAUCUUCUACCAUGCUCAUUGCCUUCAGAAUCUUCUGGUGGACAUGAAUCGGGUGCCUCCCCUGAAGUGAGUGGUGGGCCUCAUCGGCGUUUGCUUGCUGAAGGAGCUGCUGGAGGCUAUUGUGCUGCAAAGGAUAAGGUUCCUUUAUUAUCACUUGAAGCGUUGCAUCAUUUACAUAUCUUCAUCUUUGUUUUAGCUAUUGUCCACGUGACGUUCUCUGUUCUCACUGUUGUAUUUGGAGGGGCAAAGAUACGACAAUGGAAACAUUGGGAGGACGCUAUUGCUAAGGAUAAUUAUGACACAUCACAUGCUUUCAAACCCCGGGUCACCCAUGUUCGAGAACAUGAUUUCAUCAAGACGCGUUUUUUGGGCUUGGGUAAACAUUCUGCCAUUUUAGGGUGGUUGCACUCCUUUUUUAAGCAAUUCUAUGGAUCUGUCACAAAAUCAGAUUACGCAGCCCUCAGAGUUGGUUUUAUUAUGACACACUGCCGAGGUAACCCAAAGUUUAAUUUCCACAAGUACAUGAUACGUGCUUUGGAAGACGAUUUCAAGAAAGUUGUUGGCAUUAGUUGGUAUUUGUGGGUAUUCGUCGUCAUCUUCUUGUUGUUGAACAUUGAAGGUUGGCAUACUUACUUUUGGAUCGCAUUUAUUCCUCUUGUUGUG